AUGUCAGCACGAUGCAUUACGAACUGUAAGCCGACACUUUCUGGAGCGAAUACACUCGCACAUCACGUCAGUAAUGGCGGUGUUCGAAGAUUUCCGCAAUCACGCAGAGGGUUGGUAAGCACAUCUCGUAGUCUCGACGAAGGUUCGACUGGAACAUGGCGGAGCAAUCAGAGUACCAUCAAUGACAAGACGCAACGCACAUCGCACACAAGCCCCAACGCCGCUUUGCAAGUGCUUCUAGAUUCGAUUGUGCACAUCCCCAAGUACGGAUUUAGCAAGCAAGCGUACUUGGCAUCGUACAACUCGACGCUCUCUGCUGCAGAAACAGCCAAGCGCUUGCAAACAUUGCAAACACUCUUUCCCGGUCCCGACUGUUUGUUUUCCAGUCAACUUUUCAUCGCUUGGAACAGGGUGUGCGAUCUAUCUAUCAUCCACGAGCUUACGCACGAACGUGUUUUGCACCUGAUAAGAAAUGGACACCAUUUCCCUGCGCAUCCUCCUCCAACCAUCAGCACGCAACCUCCGUCAGAAUCUCACUUGCAAGACUCGCUCUCGAAAGUGACUUUGCUCAUCGAACAGCGUCUCUAUCUCUCCUGGGCUGUUCGACACCACCUGAUCCAAGCCAUCACAUCUCUAUCAACGUUUCCCGCCACCCAAACUCCACUCCACUUUGUUCCACUCGGAACAUGCUUAUCUGAUCUGCGGCUCCCAAACGCUUUACCACUACUCGAACUAAGCUCCAACUUGGUCUCGAUGACUCUGACGCAUCCAGCAGCACAAAACAAAACACACUGGAUCGAUCCGGACGGUCCACAGUGGUACAGCAUCAGGGCAAGGCUGACGUUGGCGUAUACCGCCGCUACUCUGCACGCCGCUUCAGCACACGUACACCACUGGCAAGAGUCGAGGGCUGUGCUCAGGAAAAUUAUCAGCGAUAGAGAGCACGGUAUCCUUGCUACCUUGAGCAAUCGGAUCGACUCCGGCAAACAGUGGGCCAAAUGGGGUGGCAGGGGUUGGUUGGGCGUCUUAAGGAGUCUGGGAUGGUGA